GGCUACUCUAAGGUGAAGGUCAUUGUAAAGGGAAAGCACCGCAGAGAUGUUAGUGAUGAGAUUUUGAGAGUUUUGGAUUUGAAAUCUGUGAAAAAUGAAAAGAGGAAGAAAGCAACAAGAAUUGGCUAAUGGGUCACAGAGAGGUCACAAUGAAAAGCAAACUACCAAAGUGGUCAACUCUCAGCCAGAAAGAGUCAAAAGAAGAAGAGUUGACAAGGUGACAGAUGAAGGGGACAAAUUUCCUCAAGGAAAUCCCAAAACCAAACAAAAUAAAGGAGGGAGGAAAAGUAAAUCUCAAAACCAAAAACAGCAAAGUGAUAGCAAUAUGUCUGACAACAAACUAAAUAAGGUGUGUACUAGUAGCACUACACUUGAUACAGAGACAUCAAAGUACUUCUUAUCAGGCGAUGAGGCGGGUGCCCCUGAGUCUCCUACCUCUCCACCAGGGGGCAAGAUAAACAAGACAACCCCACACAGGAUGGACAGCCCUGAUGUUGGCUUUGAACAAAGAAAGGAAAAAUGGGCCAGCAUUUCUACCAUUGGGAAGGUCAGUGCAGCAGUCGAGAGAUCAGAAUCAACGGUCAAGGUGUUAAAGAGGACACGUUCUGACUUGACCUCCCUUACUAGUCACGGCAUCCCUAAGAAGGAGAAAUUAGUUUCUAGCAAAUCAGACACCUUCACUUUGGUGGAAAAGUUAGCAAGAAAGCCAAGAGCAGGAAGAGUCAGUCGAGGUCCGUCAAGUACUUCUUCUUCCCAGCCUUAUGCACCCAUAUGUGAAUUACUCUCUGAAAAAUUAAACCAGGAAGCACAGUUGAUAAAAUCUGAGAGAUCAAAUUAUGGUGGGUCGGAUUUGACUACAGAUGUAUGCAAUGAUGUACCAAAGAAAACUAAAUUAGUCUCAAGCAAAUCAGACUCUGCCAUUUUGAGAACAAAGAAGGUAGGGAAAAGUGGUGGAAAACCAAGGAAAGUAACAGUCAGUAGAGUUUUGGCAAGCAGUUCCACAUCUCAGCCUUAUCCACCCAUAUGUGAAUUACUGUCUGAAAAAUUGAAUCAAGAAGCACGAUUGAUAAAAGCAGCUGCAAAAAGAUCAGACAAAUCUGUUUCAUCUGAUGAAUUGAAAUCACAAAUACUCAAAGAUACAGGUAUGCCAGUCGUCAAAUUAAAGAAAAUGUCUGAAAAACUAAAAGCCAAGAAUCAAAAGAAGAAAUCACCUUCAGUUGAAGGCAAAGAAAGGAUGAAAGUGGAGAGUAGUGAAAGUCAUGUUAAGAGAAAGAAAACUGACAGUAAUGAUAAAAUUAAAAGGUCAAAAGCAGAGGAAAGUGACUCAUCAAAAUUAAACAAGACUCGGUCUACAAAUCUGAAAGAAGCACACAAAACCAACAUUACAUCAACCAAAAAGAAAAAGACUUCAGACAAGAAAAUUCAAAAGAUGUCUGCUGCAAAACAGAGUAAGAAACAGAAGGGUGAAGAAGAAGAUAAUAGUGAUGGGUUUGAAGAUGUAGAUGACAGUGUCAGUGGUCAUGAUACAAACUAUUCUGUGGAUGUCACACCAUUAGACUUACUAUUGCAACACGAGACCGAUGCCCCUGCUCUUAAAAGGGAGGACCCUAUAGUAGAGGAUAGUGACUCUGACUGGGAGGAAGUACAGGAUGUGCCAGGCAGUAGCAAGAAGCCAGAGAAGAGCCAGCUCCCAUCGAAGCCCAUACAGAUCACUGUGGAGGCCCCAGACUUACUAGGGAAGAAAAAAAAGAAAGGGUUUGACAUGGAGGGAUACGUGAGGAGGAUGUUGAACAGAAGGCAGAGGGAGAUUAGGGAAAACAUGCACAGGGUUCACCUCCUGUGUCUUCUGGCUAGUGGACUCCAGAGAAGUCAUCUGUGUAACAGCCCCCUCCUCCACUCCCAGGCCCUGUCCCUGAUCCCCAGGGGAUUCCUGACCACCAAGCCAGAGAGCUAUGACAGCUCCUCCAUACUGAAGUUAGUAGGGUGGUGCAGUGACAAGUUUCAGAUUGUUCCAGGACUCGAUGAAAUUGACACGGGUUUGAAGGAAGAUGUUCUAGUCAGCAGGUUCGAGAGUAGCUCUGUAGCCUCGGAGCAGGAGCUUGUGCAUAUAGUGGUUAUAGUUUUGAGGACUUUGGGUUUAGAUGCAAGGCUGGUGUUAUCAUUUCAACCUAUUUCCCUCAAACACCCAGGAAAAGUGUCCAAGGUAACAUUAAAGGAAACAAGUCCUGAAGUUUUAUCUCCAAGUUCAAGCAAGAGUCUUCCAAACAGUAAAACCCUCCAAAAUGACAAGAAGAAAAAGACGGAAACAAAACAGAAAGAAGAGGACAAGAAAAGUAAAAAUGCAGCAAAGACUGAAUCAAAAAGCAAAUCAAAGAACCUAAAAUCAGACUCCAGUGGGGAAAAUAAAUUGCAAUCAAGUGCGAGCAAAUCUGAGAAAUGUACUGAAAAUUCUUCCUCAGAUUCAAAGGAAUCCAAGACAUCUCAAAGGUUGAAGACUAAAAAUCACCAGAAGAGAAAAUGUGCCUCCAAAGUCCCAGUAAUUGACCUCAGUGACCCCAGCAGUGAUGAGGAGUGGGAGGAAGUGGUGACACCUAGUGGCAAGUUUGGGAACAAAGAUAACAGCAAGAGUGGUAUCAAGUCAAAGAAGAGAGCUAUGAGGAAGAACUCGGAGAAGAGUGGAUCUGACAGUGACUUUGACGUGGAAGUGAUCAAAUUCCGCAGCCCUGAGAGAAGUGGUCGGGGUGGCAAGAAAACCAAACAGUCCAACAAGAAAGUGGUGAGCUCUGACUCUGAUGACAGUGUCAAGAUCACCAAAACCAUGGUUAAAGAACAAGGCUCAGACCAGUGGGUGGAGGUGUACUUGGAGUCAGAUGGACAGUGGAUAUGCAUUGACUGCGUAAACAAAAGACUUCCCAAGCCACAUGAGCUGGAGAGAAAUGCAACGCAGCCUAUCAGCUAUAUCCUGGGAUUCGAAAAUGAUGGAAGCAUGAGAGAUUUGACACAGAAAUAUGUCUCUAAAUUUUCAUCGCACACUCGUAAACUCCGCACUGACCAGGAGUGGUGGACAGAGACGCUGGGCCCGUACAGGUCAACCAACCUCCACAGAGAGAUGAGGGAGAAUGAACAUCUGCAAAUGCAGCAACUGAAGCAGCCAUUUCCCACAAGUAUAACAGAGUUCAAAAACCAUCCACUGUAUGCCCUGAAGAGACAUUUGCUGAAGUUUGAGGCUAUCUACCCUGACACUGCAGUACCGCUAGGAUAUAUCAAGGGAGAGCCAAUAUAUGCCAGACAGUGCGUACAUACUUUAUGUUCUAGGCAGACGUGGUUGAAGGAGGCUCUGGUGGUCCGUGUGGGAGAAGAGCCGUACAAGAAGGUCAAGGCCAGGAUGACCAAGAACAGAGCUAGGACGAACAACGAGGAGCCACUGUUGGAAGUGUUUGGUCGCUGGCAGUGUGAGGACUAUAUCCCUCCCCCUGCUGUAGAUGGCAAGGUGCCCCGUAAUGAGUAUGGUAAUGUGGAGCUGUUCAAACCCUCCAUGUUGCCUGCUGGGACAGUCCACCUACAAAUUCCAGGAUUGAAUCGUGUAGCCAAGAAGCUGGACAUCGACUGUGCGGCGGCCAUGACAGGCUGGGACUUCCACAGUGGAUGGGCGUGUCCUGUGCUGGAUGGCUGGAUAGUUUGUGAAGAACACAAAGACAUCCUACUGGCAGCCUGGGAUGAGGAUCAGGAGGAACAAGAGAGGAGGGAGGCUGAGAAAAGAGAAAAGCGAGUACUUACUAAUUGGAAGACCUUGGUGAAAGGGUUACUGAUAAAAGAGAGACUGAAGCGCAAGUACAAUCUACAGGCAGCUCCAGACCUGGAAGAUGAUCCGUCUUGUUCCCAGUCUACAGGAGAGACAUCUGGUGGGGAGAAGGCAAUGGACGCAGCACUGUCAUGGCCGCGGAAUAGAAUGGAGGAGAACAAUACAGCCCUGGAUCAGAGCCAUUUGUUUCCCUCUGAAAAACUCUAAUUUGUUGGAUAUUUUACUACCUAACACUUAGUCGUAAAAAAUUGUUACUGCUCUUGGUGGGAAUUAUUUUCUUUCUCAACAGUGUAUACAAGACUAUGAAUAAACAUGAACAUGUGGAAAUGGCUGGUCACAUGCCCAAAAAUGAGUUAAUUGAAAUAAGAAAUAAUAUAUUAUUGGAGCAUUUUCUUUUUUACUCUAAAAACUCAGAAAGUUUAUUGUUUACUAGUUAAAUACAUGCACAGAACUAGAUGACAUAUUUUAGCUGCCAUAUUUCACACAUCAGAUAAAUCAUAUAAAUGUUUAGUUCAAAACCCAUCUGUUUUAAAUGUGGACACUUUAUAUGCAACAGAUGAACAAAUGAUAUUUUUGUACUGCAUUUUUUUUUUUGAUAAAAAAGAGUCAAAUAUCUGUUUUUUACCUUCUUUGUUUUUAGUUUAAAAGUAAACUAAACCGUUAGAAUCAUGUGGAUACUUUGUCACAAUGUGUAGAAGAUAAUCUAUUAGAGCUAUAUGAUUAAUAAUAUAAUAAAAAUACAUUACCUGU